AUGUCCACCAAAGACAACUUACCUUGGUACGUCGCAAUUCUGGUGGAAAAAUACCGUCCGUCGUCGCUUGACGAAGUGUAUGGUCAGGAAGAGAUCGUUAACACGGUCCGGAAAUUUGUCCACAGCGGCAAAUUGCCUCAUCUUCUCUUCUACGGGCCUCCUGGUACGGGAAAAACAUCCACCAUCACCGCAUUGGCCAAGGAAAUCUAUGGCCCCAACUACAAGAACAUGGUGUUGGAGUUGAAUGCCUCAGACGAUAGAGGUAUUGAUGUGGUGAGAAACCAAAUCAAGGACUUUGCAUCAACGAUGCAGAUUUUCAGUCGUGGGUUCAAAUUAAUUAUCUUGGAUGAGGCAGAUGCCAUGACUGCGGCCGCACAGAACUCGUUGAGAAGAAUUAUUGAGCGAUACACCAAGAACACCAGAUUCUGUAUUUUAGCCAACUACUCACACAAAUUGAACCCAGCAUUGCUUUCGAGAUGUACGAGAUUCCGUUUCAAUCCCAUCUCCGAGGAUGCCAUACGUGAAAGAGUGCAGAACGUCAUCCAGCAAGAGAACCUAUCGAUCAGUGCUGAGGCCGAAGAUGCGUUGCUCAAGUUAUCAAAGGGGGAUAUGAGAAGAGCUCUUAAUGUCUUGCAAGCAUGUAAAGCAGCGUUGGAGAGUCCAGAUGACCAGGUAGAUAUCGAUAUGAUCUAUGAGUGCGUGGGAGCACCGCAUCCUCGAGACAUCGAGACCAUUCUUGAUCUGGUAUUGAAGGACGACUGGACAACGACAUAUUUGACGUUUGACAAGUUUAAAAGGACUAAGGGUUUGGCGCUUGUGGAUUUGGUCCAAGGGUUCGUGGAGAUCUUGUCGAGUUACGACUUGAAGUCUGCGACCAGAGUAAAGAUUUUGAAGGGGUUGGCAGAUAUUGAGUAUGGAGUGUCGAAGGGUGGUAAUGACAAGAUUCAGACGAGUGCCGUGAUCGGAGUGAUCAAGUCGGCGAUGGAGUUACAAGCAUAA